AUAAAUAAUAAUUCAAAUAAAAUAUUUUUUUUAUUUAUUCUAUUUUUUAGAACAUUAAUUUCUAUUUCUUCAAACUCAUGAUUUGGAUGUUGAAUUGGAUUAGAAAUUAACUUAUUAAGAUUUAUCCCCCUAAUUUCAAACUCAAAAAAUUUAUUAUCUGUAGAAACCUCAUUAAAAUAUUUUCUAACACAAUCUUUAGCAUCAAUUAAUUUUUUAUUUAUAAUUUUAAUUAAAUUUAGCUUAUUAAAAAAUUUUAACAUAAAUAAUAUUAUUUCAAUUAUAAUAAACUCUUCAUUAUUAAUAAAAAUAGGAUCAGCACCAUUUCAUUUUUGAUUUCCAAAUAUUGUAGAAGGUCUUUCAUGAAUAAAUAAUUUUAUAUUAAUAACAUGACAAAAAAUUUCACCUAUAAUUUUAUUAUCUUAUUAUUUUAAUAAAAAUUUUUUAAUUUUUAUAAUUAUCAUAAAUUUAAUUAUUGGAUCUUUAGGAGGAUUAAAUCAAACAUCAUUACGAAAACUAUUAGCAUUUUCCUCAAUUAAUAAUCUAGGAUGAAUAAUUUUUUCAAUUAUAAUUAGAGAAAAUUUAUGAUUGUUUUAUUUUUUAAUUUAUUCUAUAAUAAUUUUUAUAAUAAUUUCAUUAUUUUUUUUAAUAAAUAUAUAUUUUAUAAAUCAAUUAUUUAUCAAUAAUAUAAAUUUUUUUAUUAAAUUAAAUCUAUUAAUUAAUUUUUUAUCUUUAGGUGGAUUACCACCAUUUAUGGGUUUUAUACCAAAAUGAAUUAUUAUUAACUUUCUAUUAAUUAAUAAAUUUUAUUUUUUAACUUUUAUUUUUAUAAUAACAAGAUUAAUUAUUAUUUAUUAUUAUAUUCGAAUUAUUUAUUCCUCAUUUAUAUUUAAUUAUUUUAAAAUAAAAUGAGUAAAUCUUUUAAUAAAAAAUAAUAUAUCAUUAAUUAAUUUAUCAUCCUUUAUUUCAAUUUCAAGAAUAAUUUUAAGAACUUUUAUUUUUAUAUAA